AUGAAUGUACUUCUGAGAGUACCCCUUCUGCUCACUAUCUUCUUGUCUACAAAGAGUGCCCUAGGAGACUAUGGAAAUCUACACUCCGAAACUGAGAAGAUUAGGUCAAUCAUAGAGAUUGAUAACGAUUUCGAGGAUGCGGAAGAUGUCGAAGAGGACCCACAAAGGAUUCCAAUCACCCUUGACAUAGCUAUGGAGACACCAGAUAGAAUCAUGACAUUAGAACAUAGAGAAGAAAGAUAUGAGAACCUUUACGUUGUUGAACCAGGACACGAUGAACAUUACAAAAUUGGCAUUGUAAAGGAUGAUGGUCAAGUGAUUUCUGAGGACAACGACCUAAUUGUGGAGAGAAUAGUCUACUUUUGCAGAGAAAAGGAUGGUACAAAAAUCAUUAAUAUAGUCGAUUAUUAUCUAACAACGGAUGGAGACACUAUUACAGCAACUAGUGAUUUUAUUAAAAGACCUGAUCAUGAUCUAUAUGAACCAUUUGCCAAGAUUCCAGUGGACAUUGACAUUACCAGAGAGAUACCCGAGCAGAUCAAGGAGAAGAGACUUUUAUCACUUACUGAUGGUUCAAGUUAUUCAAUUAGAAAUAGAUACAAAUAUAGUCACAAAAUAGGUGCAGUUUAUGAUGGUGAUGAGCUCCUUUUCGAAGAUGAUGACGAGAAUAUUGCGAGAUAUGUAUAUCUCAUUAACGAUCAAGACUAUGCCAAACUAGUUACCAUAAUUGAUACAAAAAAGGGAAAUGAUGGGUACGAUUUUAAGGAAACUCAUAGAGUAAUUAAAGUAACAGGAGAUCCUAACUACACGCCCUUUGUGAGAAACCCUAUAGAAAUCGAUGUGUUGGCAGACGACUAUCAUGAAGGCGUAGAAACUACCAUAUCAGGACAAGGAGACAUGAUAUUUAAACUAGAAAGUGAUUUUGCACAUUACGCCUACAUUGGCGUUGUGAGAUACGGUAAUUUUAUAGUAAAUGAUGUGGUGAAAAAUGGCAUGUUCUCGAAAACCGUUAUUCUAGACACGAAUGGCGCACAACCAAAGAUUACGAUCAGAUACGAUAUGGAAGAUGGAGAAAUCGUAUUUUCAUACUACAGAGUAGUUCAAGGCGAGCAAGGUGAUGUGAUUUUAUAUGAUGGAGAUGAGACUAUAUGA